AUGGAGAAGAUCUCCCCUCUCAUUCCGGCCUUCCCGACGACUCCCAAGGCAUCCUCUCCGAGGUCCGAGACGAGGCUCAUUCAAUUGGCAGCUGGAUCAUCACAUCGGCAAGACAUUCUACUGACUGUGCGCGAAAUCCAGUCAGCAGCCAUCGCCUUGCGGAGGCAUGCAUGGUUGAGGUCCUCCGAUUUGAAACCAGAAUGCCCCUCCACAAUCGAGGACAUGUCCUUCGAUGAGAUGGCCUCUUCCACACGCGAAACGGAUGAGAAGUUUGAAUUUCAAGGCCUGUGGUUUGCGACGAUCGACCUAAGGACGCCUACUUCCACGUCAGCAUCCGGAGAGUCACCGCAGGUUCUUAGCCCUUGCCGUUGGGACGACGCCUACAAGUACAACGUCCUCCCCUUCGGUCUGUCCACAGCCCCUCGAGUUUUCACCAAGUGCAUGGCACCUGUAGUAUCCCAUCUACAUCGCCGGGGCAUCAGAGUCUUCCCGUACCUGAGACUGGCUGAUUGUGGCGCCAUCGGACCAAGAGCUCAGCCUCACAUUGCCGAAACCUUAGGCUCCUACAAAUCUGGGACUGGUUGUAAACCUCGAGAAGUCUCACUACUGCCCUCCAGGCCGACCCUCGACUCAGACACUUGUGUCGCAUCCUUGCCCUCCGACCGUUUCCGAACCCUCGCCCGAGCCAUCCAACAGAUGUGUCGGCCAAAGAAGAUCAUUGCCAGGGACGUCCAGGUAGCCCUAGGGCAUAUGCGCGUCAACAACCUUCGUAACACCGUGGGCAAGGCUCCGGUCCCACCUCUCCAGUCCUGGUUCCUUUCGUCUUCGACCCAGAGGCCGACCACCCGUCACGUCAUCUCACGAUCCCGCAGGCCAGUCCGCCCGCUCCCUCCGCUGGUGGCUCGACUCCCGGAACGUUGUUCAGCUCAGGACGGACACACCACCGUCAUGUAUUACCUGAACAAGCAGGGAGGAACCAGAUCUCGCCACACUACUCGACAUCACACUCGAGGUCUGGGAUUGGUGCAUAGACCGGAACAUCCUACUCCAGGCGUGCACCUGCCGGGUAUCCAGAACGACCUGGCGACCUUCUCAGCAGGUCUCCGUCUCAAUGCCCACGAGUGGAGACUCCACCCCGACACGGUGCUCGACCUCUUCAGACAGUUCCAAGAUGACUCGGAUGCCACGGAUGCCCUCCUGAUCACCUCCAUGGUGCGCGGGACAACCUUGGUUCCCCUGCCUCCUCCACCUCUCCCGGGCCAACUUCCUCCGGAUCGAGCACAGACCGAUCUCCUCACGGUUCAAGAGCGCGGUUCGCACACCGGACUCGACACCUUCCCCGGUCCUAGCCAAGAAGGUCUACACCUUGUACUCAUUGGCCUGCAGCAGCUCUCCAAGCACUAUGAUUUUGGCCUCUGGGCACUCACUUCUCUGCUCGUUACUGGGAAGAAGCGCAGGGUUCGGCCUGACCUUACAGAUGAGGAGUAUAGCCAAACUGACAUCCAUGAUGUGCCCCUCUUCAACGCCAUCAUUCCGGACCUCUUUCUGGGCAUCGAAUGCCCUGUCAUUGAUUAUGGAAAGGAAUUCCCCUUGAACCCGAAGGCAGUUUCUUUGGAUGAGCUGAACGGAGAGUACGACCUCAACACCAACGAAUGGACAGACGGCAUUCUGUCCAGUGCAUUCCCCCUCAACCCCAAAGCUCUGAGUCUCGGGGAAUUGUUUGGGAGCUAUGACCUAGCCACCAAUGAAUGGUGCGAUGGCAUUCUGGCUUCCAUCAUGCGAGAAGUCUUCACAGAUGAGAAACCUGACGAGAAGUGGAUCCUUUUUGAUGGCCCCGUUGACACAUUGUGGAUUGAGAGCAUGAACUCAGUCAUGGAUGACAACAAAGUGCUGACACUGAUCAAUGGUGAGAGGAUUGCCAUGCCUGAGCAGGUGUCCUUGUUGUUUGAAGUGGAAACCCUUGCAGUAGCCUCUCCUGCCACAGUCUCCUGGUGUGAAAUGGUGUACACAGAUUAUAGCGACUUGGGCUGGGAGCCAUACGUCUUUUCCUGGAUUGAGAAGCACCCAAAGGUUGAAUCAGAAACCCUGCAGCGCAUGUUUGACAAAUUCACCAAUAAGAUCCUGAACUUCAAGAAGGAGAACUGCCAGGAACUUGUCCCCAUCUCUGAAUAUAGCGGGAUUGUGGCUCUCUGCAAACUCUUCUCAUCCCUGGCCUCUUCAGAGGAAGGGCUGAAUCCUACAGACAGUGAGAACUACACAACGGUGGUGGAAAUGUAUUUCAUCUUCAGCUUGAUAUGGUCCCUUUGUGCAGCAGUGGAUGAGGAGGGUCGGAAGAAGAUAGACAGUUUCCUUCGAGAGAUGGCAGGCUCCUUCCCUAACAAGGACACUGUCUACGAGUAUUAUGUUGACCCCAAGCGGAAGCAGUGGUCUUCUUUUGAAGAUAAGCUGCCCAAGAUGUGGCGAUACUCACCCCAUUCUCCCUUCUAUAAGAUCAUUGUCCCAACUGUGGAUACCAUGCGAUACAACUACCUUGUCAAUGCCCUCAUAUCCAACCAGAACCCAGCGUUGCUCAUUGGCCUGGUGGGCACAGGGAAGACCUCUAUUGCACAAGGUGUUCUUCAGUCCCUUGACAGCACCAAGUGGGCCGUACUGGUCAUCAACAUGUCCGCACAGACAACCUCAAACAAUGUCCAGAGCAUUAUUGAGAGCCAUGUAGAGAAGCGCACCAAAGGUGUCUAUGUGCCCUUGGGUGGGAAGAGCAUGAUAACCUUCAUGGAUGACCUUAAUAUGCCUGCCAAGGAUCAGUUUGGCUCCCAACUCCCACUGGAGCGGCUCCAUCUUUGGCUGGACUAUGGCUUCUGGUAUGACCGGUCUAAGCAGACCAUCAAGUAUGUCAAGGACAUGUUCCUGAUGGCAGCCAUGGGACCCCCUGGAGGAGGGCGCACAGUGAUAUCCAGCCGACUUCAGAGCCGCUUCAACCUCAUCAACAUGACCUUCCCCACAGAUUCCCAAAUCCGGCGCAUCUUUGGCACCGUGAUAAACCAGAAGUUGCAGAAUUUUGAUGAGGCGGUGAAGCCCAUUGGAAACGUCAUCACCGAGGCCACGAUGGAGCUCUACAACAGUGUUGUCCAGAAGUUCCUGCCUACCCCGGCCAAGAUCCACUACCUCUUCAACCUGCGCGACAUUUCCAAGGUGUUUCAAGGCAUGCUGCGGGCCCACAAGGACUUCCACGAUACCAAAGCCAGCCUCACACAUCUCUGGCUUCAUGAGUGCUUCAGCGUUUUCUCUGACCGUCUGGUGGAUGCUGCAGACAUGGAGGCCUUUGUGAUCCUCUUGAGUGAGAAGCUGGGCUCAUUCUUUGACCUGACCUUUCACAACCUCUGUCCCAACAAGCACUCCCCCAUCUUUGGUUUCUACCUGCUGCUGUUUGUAGAAUUUGUAUCCUUUUUUUUCUACACAUGACAUUCAAGACCAAAUCUUAACCCUUCUCUCACACAUAGGAAGGAAUGCCUGUUUCACACACAGUUUUUAUGCCUAACUAAGAAAUAUGCCCACUGUUUAUCCAGGCUGAUGUGGAUAAUUGGGAUUAUGAUUUCAAGGAAACCAAAGUUUGGGAGCCGCAGCACCUACAGUGGGAGAAAGCCGGGUGUAGUGGUUUGAGUGCUGGAUUAGGACUCCUGGAGACCAAUGUUCAAAUCCCUGCUCAA